UGUCGAGCGCCAGAACAUCAUUCCUCAUGCCGAGCAUCAGAUUGGUAUGCGCUCUCAUUACAGUCAUGUAGAGCCCUUAUCUGGAAACGAAGACAUGUGCAGGAGCCCUUGGCACCCAUAUGCCCAUUUGCAUUUGACUUUUGGCAUUAGAUACAAAAUCAUACCUGCCACUUGAAUUGCUUUGUAUGAGCAGGUGAAGGUGGCCAAAUCAUCCACACACCUCUUUAUCCAGUAGUUCACUAGAAAACUAUGGUCAUGGCCGCUCAGGACCAAAAGCCGUCGCAGCGAGCUCCGGUUCGCGUGGGAUUUUAUGAUAUUGAGCGCACGCUGGGAAAAGGCAAUUUUGCAGUUGUGAAGCUGGCGAGACAUCGAAUCACGAAAUCUGAGGUGGCUAUUAAGAUCAUAGACAAGACCCAGCUAGAUGCAGUGAACCUGGAGAAGAUCUACAGGGAAGUGGAAAUCAUGAAGUUGCUGGACCAUCCUCACAUCAUCAAGCUUUACCAGGUCAUGGAGACCAAAAACAUGCUCUAUCUAGUCACAGAAUAUGCCAAGAAUGGAGAGAUAUUUGACUACCUGGCCAGCCGUGGGCGGCUCAGUGAAAUGGAUGCGAGGAGGAAGUUCUGGCAGAUCCUCUCAGCGGUGGAGUACUGCCACGAACGCAAUAUUGUUCACAGAGACCUGAAGGCUGAAAACUUGUUACUGGAUGCUCACAUGAAUAUGAAGAUAGCAGAUUUUGGCUUUGGAAACUUCUUUCGUCCUGGGGAACCCCUGACCACUUGGUGUGGGAGCCCCCCAUAUGCGGCUCCAGAGGUCUUUGAGGGACAACAGUAUGAGGGUCCGCAACUGGACAUCUGGAGUAUGGGGGUGGUUUUGUACGUGUUAGUGUGUGGUGCUCUUCCAUUUGAUGGUCCUAGCCUUCCUGUCCUCAGACAGAGGGUCCUGGAGGGCCGUUUCCGCAUCCCCUACUUCAUGAGUGAGGACUGUGAGCACCUGAUCAGGAAGAUGUUGGUUCUAGAUCCAGCCAAGCGUUUGUCUCUGAGUCAGAUCAAAGAGCAUCGCUGGAUGGUGCAGGAGGUCCCGUCCCAGCGGCCCGUGCUGUAUAGACAGGGUCUGCAGUGUGAGAGCAAAUCAGGGUUGGGUGAACACAGCGAGCAGGUGCUCCGACUCAUGCACAGUCUGGGCAUCGACCAGCAGAAGACUAUUGAGUCUCUUCAGAACAAAAGCUAUAACCACUUUGCUGCUAUCUACUACCUGCUUGUGGAGCGGUUGAAAGCGCAUCGCAGCAGUUUCCCUGUGGAACAGCGUUUGCACGCCAGCCAGCGCCGCCCUAGCACCGUCGCUGAGCAGACUGUUGUCAAGACCAUUGCGGUUCCUUCUCAAGCCGGCGUCCCGCCACAGGCAGCACAUCACCUGGGUUCACCUGCUCUAUUACAGUCCACUACAGACACAUUUACCUUCCCACAAACCCCUGCUUCUCCUGAUCAGACGCUCAUGGAGGAAGACGUGGCCACUCCCAAGGUGGAUGGCUGCUUACUGGACCCGCUUCCUCCAGUCGUUGUCCGCAAAGCCAGUGGCUCGCUGCCUAGCAACGUUAUGGAGACGUCCAUUGAUGAGGGCAUUGAGGCGGAGGAAGAGCAUGCUGUGCCCCUCGCCCCCUUUCAUACAGCUCGCUUCAGUCAGCGCCGGCAUACGCUGUCUGAGGUCACCAACCAACCUGCUGUGCUGCCCAUCACAGGUCUGAACCCGUCCCUCGGCAGCAUGGACUCAGACUACAGCAUGGGUUCGACUCAAAGUGAUUUCAGCUUGCCUGAAGAGAAUCCUGCUCUAAAGGAUGUAUUAAGCGCUACACCUGCCAGCCGCACAGCUCCAGUCUUCCUGGGAAUGAAGCCCCCUGAGCCCACCCUUCAGCCACUGAACACAGAGGGGCAGGGCGCUCAUAAUCCCUCACUAGUCAGUUUCAGAGAGGGGCGAAGGGCUUCAGACACGUCUCUCACUCAAGGUUUAGUGGCAUUCAGGCAGCACCUCCAAAACCUGGCCAGAACCAAGGGUUUCCUGGAGCUGAACAAAGCCCAGAUAGUGUUAGGAGAUGGUGGAGGAGGCGGUAAACCCACCAUCAGUCCCCAGGAGCUCCUAGAGCCUCACCACCCAUUCAGCCACCAGGGAGAAGGACGCCAAUGUCCAAGUGGAAAAGAUACGUUGACGUUUACUGGUAAAAUGCACCCUUAUCUGCUAUCCAGGAGACAGAGUUUGGAGACGCAGUACCUCGCUCAGCGACUACAGAGGGCCAGUCAGUUGGCAAGUGGUCUUGGAAGUGGACAGAUGUUUUGUAAAGAGGCUGCACCACGAACUUUAGAGCAACAACUCCAGGAGCACAGACUGCAGCAGAAGAGGCUCUAUCUCCAGAAGCAGUCUCAGGUUCAGGCUUACUUCCACCAGAUGCAGCUGGCUGAGGAUGUUUACCGCCCUCCCCAGGACAGCAGAGACCCCCAGAACUACAGCAGUCCCUUAUCCAGCCCUCCCUUCACAUGGACCCAAACCCUAACCCCUUUUCUGGGGCCUGCCACUUCAACCCUGUCAUAUGGCCCCAAGCCAGCCCGUUUCCCAGACUGGCCUCCGCCGCCAGACAACGGCACAAACUACACCCCAUCCCUCCCUACAGAGCCCCUGUAUGCGUGGAGUCCUGCCCAACCAGGUAAAGCAGAAAGCCCUUCGACUCAACCUGCACCUGAAACCCCCUUCCUGGACUGUGAGAUGAUGGAGAGCGUAGAGGCCCCACAGGGCUGUGUACUCGUAAACUAAAUGUGAAAUAAAGCACUCUGAGGCUGGCUCUCAGGCAUACAAUGUGGCGAAAAACGCCCUCAGGGACGAACAAGACGUCAUGGUUUGUGUUACAUCUUAUAAACCUACAGAACUGUGGUAGACCAUUACAGAACUUCAUUUCCAGAGAUGUUUGUGAGAUACGCUCGUGUCCUGAAAUAUUUUUUGUUUUGUUUUUGUUCUGGUAAGCACAGAUUAAAUGUAGUGCAGCAACCAUAGCGUUUAAAUAUCAGUAUUAAAGCAAUAUUCCUUUUCCUGUAUAAUACACUAGAGUUCUAUGAGUUUCAGUGUUUUUAUAAUUAGUUUGUUCCAUCUUUUAAUUGAUCAGUAGCUACUCAAGUUUUCCUUAUUAGUAUUGUGUGAUUUUAAAUAAUAGAUAUAAUCAACAGAGAAAUGUGUAAAUAUAAGGACUUAUUAGGAUAUAAAAAGAAAAGAAAUAAUGUUAAAGUCAACAUGAAAUAUCAUUGAAUCAUAUUUUUGAUGGAGUGAUUGAUGUCGGAGUGAUGAACUUCUGAAUGAAAGACAAGAGUCAGACCUGAGUUUAAAACAUUGCCACCACUUUACAAUAAGGUUCGAUUUGUUAAAAAAGUUAAUUAGGUCUCAUAAAUGGCAAGAAAAUAAACAACUAUGAACGAACAAUAAUUUACAGCAUUUAUCAAUCUACAUUGAUUUUAAUUUAUGCAUAUAAUAAUACUUUUUAACGUCAUAUUUAUGUAUUCACAAUAAUUAGCAUUAGUAAGUUCAAGCAAAGUAAACUAAUUAACAAUAAACAAUAGUAUAUUAAUAAAUGCUGUAAAAUAUUACCAUUGAUUUGUUAGUUCACAAUAACUAAUGUAUGAACUAAGCACUACGUACUAAUAAUUUAAGUGCUGCAGAUAUUAUGUAAUUUUGCAAGCCAACCCAGGCAUUAUGAUUUAUUCACACCAUGUCAGGAUAAACGUAAUUACGAGAUUCUGAUGUAAACAUUCACAUCCUCUUAGAAUUCGUAAUGAGGGCUUUGACUUGUACCAACCGACUGCUGCAACACCACACAAAAACAAUUAAUAUGACAACAAUUUCAGCUGCAAAUUGUAGUGAAGUAACAAUAUUGGGUAAUAUUUCUGUUUAAUAAUAUUUAAUUAAGUAAUUCAUAUAAUCAAUAAUAAUUCCACAAGUGUCUAGUAAUUACCGUAAAUAUGACUAAACACAGUCUCUAAAAGCAGACAAUCGACUUCAGUGUCAUCACCAUUAAACUUCUUACAGCCCUUAUGGCCUUUAUUUAAAAAUAUUACAUUUAUUAAAUUUAUUUAAAAUAAAGUUUCAAAAUUUGAGUUGGAAUAGUUUGAGGAAGUAUAAACAAAAGGCUGUAAGAGAGUUUGUGUGUGUGUGUGUGUGUGUGUGUGCUCUUGUUUUUGUGACAUAUCAGGACACAAAAUAUUUAUUACAGGUAUUACAAGGAGAGGGUGACUUAUGAGAACAUAACCCAUGUCCCCAUUUUACAAAACGCUUAUAAAUCAUACAGAAUUAGUUUUUUUGAGAAAGUAAAAAUGCACAAAGUUCCCUGUGAGGGUUAGGGUUAGGUGUAGGGUUGGUGUAGGGUGAUAGAAUAUACAUUUUGUACAGUAUAAAAACCAUUACGCCUAUGGGAUGAAUCCACUUUCACAAAAACAAGUGUGUGUGUGUGUGUGGGUGUGUGUGUGGUCAAUGUCAUGUUUAUUUGCCCUAACCACCUGUGUAGUCCCAUUAAGCCACUUGUUAGCAACCACCUUUUUCAAGACAUCUAAAAGCUUAUAAAAAAUUAUAGGUAGUGUAUUACUUAAUUUUAAUGUAUAAUAUGCUUGUGUGAACCACAGAACUUAUUUCAAGCAAUGACUUUGUGAUAAGAAGUCUGGGUUCUAGGACUGAUUCCUGCAGCACUAUUGUAAAGUGUUACCACAUUGCUCUUUGACUAUUGGUAAACAUUAACAGGCACGACCUAGAUGAUGUCAGCAGACAAAGUCAAGUUGUUUCGGGUGGAGCAAUGAUGAAAGAUUACAAAAACAAAUCAUCUGUGAAAUAAUAUACACCAAUGGUUAAGCCUUGUAAGGCCAAACUAUGUGCGUUAAAGUAAAUAGGGUUCCUUUUGAGUUCAUGUUGACUUUAAAAUCACACUACCUACUUUAGGCUUAUCAGAGUAAAAUGGAGUAGUAGAAAAGAACAAGGUUACAGUACAUGGUUUUCCUGACAUUACGUUUGCUUUUAUAAACAUUCAGACUUACAUGGUUUAAACCGAUCAGAAUUAAAGGGAUACUCCACCCCAAAAUGAGAAUUUUGUCAUUAAUCACUUACCCCCGUGUCAUUCCAAACCCGUAAAUGCUUUGUUUGACUUCGGAACACAAUUGAAGAUAUUUUGGAUGAAAACCGGGAGGCUUGUGACUGUCCCAUCGACUAACAAGCAAAUUACACUUUCAUGGUACUGAAAAGUAUGAAAUGCAUCGUCAGAAUAGUCCACAGUGGUUCAACUGUAACAUUAUGAAGUGACGAGAAUACUUUUUGUACACGAAUAAUACAAAAAUAACGACUUUAUUCAACAAUUUUUCUCUGCGUUUAAAAAGUAUUUUAGUUUCUUCAUAACGUUACGGUUGAACCACUGAUGAUAGAUUGACUAUUCUGACGAUGUUUUCGUAGUUUUCUGGACCUUGACUGUGUCAUUUACUUUCCAAUAUAUGAGACAGUCACAAGCCUCCUGGUUUUUAUCCAAAACGAACAAAGCUUUUACAGGUUUGGAACGAUAUGGGGUGAUUAAUGACAAAAUUUUCAUUUUGGGGUGGAGUAAAUCUUUAACAAUGAUCUCACACAGCGUGCACUAUUACUCAAACCGAAGUCCAGCAGGUUUAGAAACUUAAGUGUUGUGCCUUUCAAUUCUUCUUAUUCCUUUUUGAAGAAUGUCUGUUUUUAGAUUUAAUUCUUCAUUUACAACUUCCUGUUUGGAAAUUCAGUAUGAAGCACCCUCUUUUGUCAGACAGAUGAACCAAAGUCUCCAUUUAGGUUCUAUUUUGAAGUCCACUGUGUGGAUUGUUCUGGAACCAUACAAGCUACAUGAGAUAGCGGUCAUGGUCCUACUGUACAUGCCAUUCAAAGUAUAGCAAUAUCUAGAGUAAUAGUUCUGACGCUUAAAAUGGGUGUUGAUAGUGAGUGUUGUCAUUUUAUGCCUUUGAAGGAAAAUAUCUUAUUGUGACUAUUUAGAAUUUGUAGUCAGAUCCUUCUUGACUAUUGUUGAUAUUAAUACCGACAUUGAAAAGUGAACUGUUUUGUUAUAGUCGUUUUUCAGUGAUAAAAUGUUUCCCAAUAUGUAAUCACAAUAUGAACUUAUUCAGUUGAAAAUGCUGAGUUCUUUGCACAAGGGGGAAUAAAAGUUGCGUUCCUUGAGUGAAAA